AUGGCCAAAUUUGGAGUACCUCUGGCAGAGGACAAAACACAGGGCCCCGCGACAUGUUUGGUUUUCCUGGGCAUUGAAAUUGACACAUUGGAAAUGGUCUCCAUAGACCUGAAUCCUGAUUACAUUCGAGCCUUGCUAAGGAGGGCAGAGUUAUAUGAAAAGACUGAUAAAUUGGAUGAAGCACUGGCUGACUAUAAAUCUGUACUAGAAAAGGAUAUGUCUGUUUCUCAAGCCCGAGAAGCCUGUUUGCGAUUACCUAAACAGAUUGAAAUACGAAAUGAAAAGUUAAAAGAAGAAAUGAUAAGUAAAUUAAAGGAUCUGGGGAACUUGGUUCUUAGGCCUUUUGGAUUGUCUACAGAGAACUUUCAAGUCAAACAGGAUGAAACAAGUGGCUCAUACUCUGUCAACUUUGUACAAAAUCCCAACAAUAACAGAUGAUACAAGUAUUAAUGAGCAUGUUCACAGCUGAAAAAGGAAGUAAUCUUGUUGAAGAUUUAAAGACAUGAAACCCAUUUUUUUCUUUCAUGAUUCAGAUAGAGAAUACAAUUUUAAAAACAACUUUCUAAUUUACUUGUUGUCUAAUGUGCUUGAUUCUCUUUGAAGAAGAAGAAGCAGCUAACCACGUUGAGUGAGCCAAUAACAUGAGGCAUACGUGUGCAGCCACCAAUCAGCCGCUCCUGAUCCUAUUUAGGUAUCUUUUUGAAUAAAGGAUACCAAGAGAACAAAACAAAUGAGAUAUUAGAAGUAAAUUGAGAAGUUGUUUAAAAUCACAUGCUCAAUCUAAAUCGUGAAAGAAAAAAAUGUGGGUGUCAUGUCCUUUUAACCGGUUGGAACGGACAUAUCUUUUGUUUUUCUUUAAUUUAUAUUCUUACAUGAUGCAACAAAAUAAAACGCGCAAAUAGAUGUUUUUAUUAUUAUUACCAAGAAA